AUGUCGUAUGCAAAACGUGACCCGAAUAACCCACCGAAUUACUAUUAUAAUUUAAAUAAAAAACAACAACAAAAUUGGAUGAAAACAGCAAAGAAAAUGAACAAGAACGAAGAUCUUCAAGCCAAAUACCCACCAUUCAAGCCAUCAUCAAAUAUCACCAUCAUUCACAUCCACCACAAAUCAACAAUCGACACGAUAAAUGAUCUCAUCAUAUUAGCAAAUCGAACAAGCCGUUACACAGUGGACACCGAAUCCGAACGCAAGAAAAUAAACAAUGAUGCACUUAUACAAAUCCAAUUCUUACACUCAACCGAUGCAUCAACAAUUAUAUUAAUUGAAACAGCACAUUUACCUAAUCCACAAACAACACUAUACACCAAAAUUAGAGAACUCUGGUCCACCAUAUUCAACAACAACAACGAAGUCAUCACUUGUGGAACGGUGGAAAAUGAAUUUAAUAAUUUACACCACCUCGACUUCAUCAAUUUAGAUCAAGCAAAUUAUACAACAUCCAAAUUAUCAACGUCUAUUAGUCAGGAACACAUACCAAGUGCAUUGAUCGGUACACAAUAUGAUAUAUCAUGA